GCUCUAGUCUGGAUACUAAAGUUUAUUUCGGCUCACUAUGCCUGUUUAGAAUUUGUAAACCACCAAUGAGAAGUUGACUGGAAAAUCUGAAGUUCUGGGACCUGACGUUUAUUUAUCGAGGGAAACAGAUGUUGUUUUUCUUUUAGAAAUGGGCUCGACAAACUCCACCCUAUCAAAAAUCCCAAACGUCGAAGAACUAAUGCGGGAAACGGGUUUCAGCCCUGCACAUAUAGUUCGACUUUAUGACCGUUUUGAAUCAUUGGACAAGGAGAAGACUGGCCAUCUCCGCCCUGAGGACUUUGGAGCCAUAAAUAGGUUGGCUAUGAACCCCAUUGGGGAUCGGAUCAUUGGCGCCUUCUUCUCUUCAGGACAGGACACAGUGGACUUCCACUCCUUCGUCAGGAUCCUGGCCCACUUCCGGCCUGCGGAAAACAACCGUCCCAGAGAUCCCAGUCUGCCUGAACCUGUCAAUAGCAGGAUCAGCAAACUGAAGUUCGCCUUCCAACUAUAUGACCUGGACAAGGAUGGCAAAAUCUCCAGAGCUGAACUUCUGCAGGUUCUGCGGUCAAUGAUGGAGAUGCAGGUGACUGAGGAGCAGCUGGAGAGCAUUGCUGACCGCACAAUCCAGGAGGCUGACCUGGACAGGGAUGAUGCCAUCUCCUUCGAAGAGUUCCGGAAGUCCCUGGAGAAGGUGAACAUUGACCACAAGAUGAGCAUACGCUUCCUGCGCUAGAACGGCUGCAUUGUGUGAAAGUUUACAGAGAUGUAGGCCUCUCUUGACCCUCCAUGGUAAAACAAGUGCUCUGUGGUUUCAACUGGACAACUGAAAGUAUAUUGUUACUUAAUAUGUAACAUAUUUUACUGCACACUGGACUAUGGGCACCUUGUUCCAAACAAUUAACUGCACUACUGACCUUCUGUAUAUAGUAACUAUGUAGUAACUGCUUUUAUAUAAUAAGGCAGUGAAAUGCCAUUUAGCUGACUAUACUUUUAAAAUAAAACUCUAAUUUGUGGAUUUUGUUAAUUAAGGCUUGAAUAUAAUAAAAUAUCUAGAUGUAGCCAUCGGUGCUCGAUUAUUCAAAGGUAAAGGUGAGAUCAAACUUUAAACGUAUGAAAGCAGAAUAAUGUAAACCUGAAGUAAAUGUAUCUCAGAAAUGUGAUGAUGUAUACACCAACUAUUUACAUGUUAUGUUUUUACUGUUCCAUCACUUGACAUCAAUUGAAGUUAUUCUGGUUAACCCUGAGUAAAAUCAGCUGCUCCAGUAGCAUUCCCUCAAAGGUGUUUUGGUUGUACAUUGCAAUGAUAGUCGUGGUCCACAAGGAGCACAAUGAAUGUACUGAUGAAAGGUAAUAAUCAGGAGAGAGAUAUAAAAUUAUUUAGAGGGUAUUACAUGCAUCAUGGAACUCUGUGAAGACCAUCAUUAGGAGAUAGCAAGACGGCACCACCAGGACAUUACAAAGAUCAGGAUGUCCCUCCAAAAUGGAUGACAUAGAUUCUAUUUUGAGAGAAUGUAAAACUGUUAUAUAAAAUUCAUGAAAUGAAUAAUGUUGAUCCAGACUAAUAAUAAAAACUGACACACUAAAUGAC